AGAAAGCUCUGUCGUCUGCAGUUGCACAACAAUGCGUGCUAUGGUACGCAAUCACGGUGACUGUGUUCUGGAUAAUCCAAAAGAGGUUUGCCGUUUUGUCAGGUCCGAAGAUGGUGCUAAACACGCAUCCAGACACCAAAAAAAAAAAAAAAAUUCCCAGUGUCAGGUAGCCACUCAGGCAGUCAGGCGCUGACACAGUCGCAGCACACUCGGAGUGAGUCGAGACCCAGCUCAGGCAGCUAGUCAGCUCAGGGAAAGGACGCGAGAGAUGGCGGGGGAGACGGUGCUGGUCACCGGCGCCAGCGGCUUCAUCGGCUCCACCCUCGUCCGCCUCCUCCUCGGCCGUGGCUACAACGUCCACGCCGGCGUUCUCAACCCCGAUGACAAGGCGGAGACGGAGCACCUGCUCGCCCUGGCCGCCGGCGCCGGCGAGGGCGAGGGCCGCCUCCGCAUCUUCCGCGGCGACCUCCUCGACGGCGCCGCGCUGAUCGACGCCGCGCGGGGCUGCUCGGGUGUCUUCCACCUCGCCUCGCCCUGCAUCGUCGACGCCGUCAGCGACCCCCAGAAGCAACUGAUAGUGCCGGCGGUGGAAGGGACGCUGAACGUGCUGCGCGCCGCCAAGGAGGCCGGGAGCGUGCGGCGGGUGGUGGUCACCUCGUCCAGCUGCGCCAUCAUGCCCAGCCCCGGGUGGCCCGCCGGCGAGGUCCGGGACGAGCGCUGCUGGACUGACAUCGACUACAGCGAGAAGAACGGGGUUUGGUACCCUGUUUCCAAGACGCUGGCAGAGAAGGCAGCGUGGAAAUUUGCAGAGGAGAACGGAGUAGAUGUGGUUGUGGUUAAUCCAACGUCUGUCCUGGGCACGAUAAUCCCACCAACCAUCAAUUCUAGCAUGUCCGUGCUUCUACGCCUCCUUCAAGGUUGCACAGAGGAGUACAAGGACAUAUGGAUGGGGGCAGUCCAUGUGGAAGACGUUGCCUUGGCCCAUCUCCUGGUGUUCGAGAACCCAUCAGCUUCCGGGAGGCACAUCUGCGCCGAGUCCAUCAAUCACUUGAGCGACUUCGCGGCCAAACUCGCCGAGCUCUACCCCAGCUACAAAGUGCCCAAGUUCCCCAAGGAUACCCAGCCUGGGCUUGUGAGAGCAGAAGCGGAGGUGGCGGCGAAAAAGCUCGUUGCACUAGGGCUGCAGUUCAGGCCCCUGGAGAAGAUCAUCAGGGAUGCCGUGGAGAGCCUCAAGAGCAGAGGUUACAUUUCGUAGCCGUAGGCUAUUGUAAUGUCCUCCUGGACUUUGCUAAGUUGCUAGUAGUAUGGUUUUGACAGAUGUCACUAGAAAAUAAGGCACUGUUUACAUUGUGAAACUAAGUUUCAAUCAAGCUCAGACACUGGGAGAUCUGGAAGAUGCCAAUCAAAUUUCGAUCCUGACUCCUGAGUAGCAAAUUUUGGAAAGUGAAAUCGCGAACAUGAAUAAAUUUUUCAAGGAGUUACACACA